CCUAAAUUUUUGACGGGCAAUCCUACUACAUUCUCAGUCACAGCUUCUCCUCUCCAUGUGUCCGAUCAUCGAAAGGGAUGAGAGGGCACGGCCGACGCAGAGAUCUGGAGGUGAGUCAAAAGAGACCCAGGGGUUGAGUGGAGGGAGACUUGGAUAUGGUUGUCGAUGGAGAAGGGAGAUCGGGAGAGAACCAGGUGUGAGUGGAGGCCGACCGGUGUGCGAGGAAGAGUUCGAAUAAGAUGAGCGGCGGACAAAGGGCAUUCGGGUCUGACCUCGAGUGGAAGAGAAGAUGUUGAUGACAGGAAGUAGAUCUAGGGGCUGGACAGGGGAUCUAGAUCUGCUCUCCCAUGUUGGAGAACAAAUAAUCCAUGGUUUGGAGAAAACAGCUUCAUAGAUCUUAACCUCCCUGCUCCCAUGGAAGACGAUGAUUUCAGCCAAAUUGAACUCCCUGCUGUGUAUGAUGAUUUUGUACUUAAAAUCAUAUUUUUCUAUUUCUUCCAGGCCCUUUAAACGAGUCCAUUAAUUCUUUUAAUUCUUCAAACUACUGAGGAGAUAUAGUUUCCAAUCCAUCUUUUCUUCAGGUUUGGAGGUUUGGCAAUUGGCAAAGCUAGUGUGACUGUGAAGGUUGAUUAAUGGUAUUUUCAAGCAGAGAAAGGGUCAUGGUUGAUAAUGAUACACAAGAACCAAGGUCAUUCUGAUUAAGGUAUUAGUUAAUUAUUUCAAUUUAUGAUUCAUUUUUUGAGUUUAGAUCUAAUUACACACAUCACUCACACAAAAUCUUAACCUUUCAUAUCUCUCUCUUUUAUUAUUUCUUUUUCCUUCAAUGUUUCGAUAAAACUUUGGCAGCCAAUGUUCUAUGCAAAAUUGUGGAUUUUGUUGAAAACACUAUGCCAUGCAAGUUUGAGGAAGUGACAAUGUGAACAAUUUAACGAUUGAAUUGAAGUUGUUGAAUCAAUUCGGAAUUGAAGUUGUUGAAUCAGUUGAAUUGAAAUAUAGAAAGGAAAAUUAU